AUGGGCGACUUGACAGGUAUUUUCUCUCAACACGAAAUUGUUCCAAAUAUCGUCGAACAAGCACCAAGGGAAAAAUUGAAUCUCGUUUGGGAUGGAAUCAAAGUUGAGCCAGGAAUGACGAUACCCGUCCGAAACUUGAAAAAUGCCCCUCGAUUCAAUUUGAAUGUCGAUCCCGAGAGCACCUUCACAAUGUUGAUGAUUGAUCCGGACAAUCUCUCAAAGAAGAACCCAUCGGUGGCCGAGUGGUUGCAUUGGCUUGUGUGCAACAUUCCCGCCUCAAAUGUUCUUGAGGGAAUCAAUGGAGGUCAACAUCAAAUGGCCUAUGGAUCACCGGCACCCGGACCACGAACGGGGCUACAUAGAUACAUUAUUUUGAUGUGGGAACAUCAGGGACGACGAGUUGGCGAGCCGAAGCCUAGCAGCCGAGCCAAGUUCUCCGUGAAGAAAUUCGUUGAGAAACACAAGCUCGGACAACCAAUUGCCGGAAAUUUCUUCUAUGCUCAAAACGAGACUCAA